ACCCGAGCUGCAGAGCCGCCCGCAGGGAGGAGGAGCGGGGCUGGGGACUCCGCCCUGGAAAAAAAGGCGUUAACCGGAGGCUACAGAGAACGGGACAUGCAGACGGCGAGACAAGUUCGCUCCCAGGACCCUGGACAGCGGCGGGUGCUGGACCGGGCAGCCAGGCAGCGGCGAAUCAACAGACAGCUCGAGGCCUUAGAGAAUGACAACUUCCAGGAUGACCCCCACGCAGGCCUCCCCCAGCUGGGCAAGAGGCUGCCUCAGUUUGACGAUGAUGCAGACACAGGAAAGAAAAAGAAGAAAACUCGAGGUGAUCACUUCAAACUUCGCUUCCGAAAAAACUUUCAGGCCUUGCUGGAGGAGCAGAACCUGAGUGUGGCCGAGGGCCCCAACUACCUGACGGCCUGUGCAGGCCCCCCAUCCCGGCCCCAGCGCCCCUUCUGUGCUGUAUGUGGCUUCCCGUCCCCGUACACCUGCGUUAGCUGUGGUGCCCGGUACUGUACUGUACGCUGCCUUGGCACCCACCAGGAGACCAGGUGUCUGAAGUGGACUGUGUGACCCUGUUCUCCUAGAAAAGGAAGGACCCCAUCCAUCAGCAAAGGACUGAGGGAGGAGCUGUUUGCUGUGGAGUAAUGCUGUGUCGGGCCCGGGUGAAGGCCAGUGGGAACCAGGGACUGGCAGAGUGGUCUCUCCUCUGAGUGUUGUGAUAAUAAAAGGCCCAGUACAGAGA